GGUCACAAGAGGAGGUAGGGCAUGCUUUUGACUGAAACAAUGUAUGUUUUUAUAGUACAGCUAAAAAAAAACAGCGAAUGCUCAGUUUCUAACCAGCUGUUACAUAUUUGCAGGGUUAGUAAUGAAGCCAACCCAAUGUGUGUGGUAGAAGGUGUGAUGCCGAUUGAAAAGUUUGAUCUCACUUUUUUCCACAACAUGGCAUUGAGAGAAACAUCUGAUAUCAUCAAACGAGUCUCCGUCACCCUGGAUGAGGAAACAUCGGGUCUGCAGCUCGAGGUGUCUGAGGAUCGGAAGAGGGUGAGACUGGCCGAGUACUGCAGGAAUCUCCCUGAAACCGAGAAGAGGUUUACAUACCUGGAGUGUGUGCUGGGAUCGGAGGGAUUCACAUCAGGGAGAUAUUACUGGGAGGUGGAGGUGGCGGAGUGUCGUGGCUGGAGUCUGGGGGUCGCCGCAGAGUCUGUGGACAGGGGUGAAGCGGAACCGCUUUCCACGGAGACUGGAGUCUGGAGCAUCGGGCGGCAGGGUGACGACUUUGUUGCAGAUACCGACCAUCCAACCCCUCUCCCCGCCCGUCUCAUCCCCGGGAAGGUGGGAAUUUAUCUCAGUUACGAGUCCGGGACAGUUUCAUUUUACAACGCGGACACCAAGUCCCAUCUCUACACCUUCACUGGGAAUACAUUCACGGAGAAACUUUAUCCUUACUUCUGGAUUUGGGAUGAAAACCAGUGGCUGAUAAUCUGCCUCGGUUCCGCUCCGGGUGUGUAAAAGGGUCGGGUCCCGGGACCAGAUCGGAAGAG